CCUUUAAAUUGAAAAAUGGUAACGCUAGCAUUGUUUGUUCGGUGUAAGUCACGUGAUCGUCGAAUUUACGCGCGAGUUUUUGGACGGAUUAGCCGAUUAGCCUAUUAGCAUAUCAUCUUUCUCAGUACUUUAGUUUUUUUUAUCGUCAUGGAGGCGCCUCAGAGUCUCGCGGUCGGUGUUGAGGAUGUAAAACAGUCAGAAAAACGGAAAAUGUCCAGAGAUGUUCAGCUGGACAUUGAAUACCUUUAUGAAGUUGUACCACAGCUUUCUAAAGUUUUCAGAAUUACCGAUAAAAUUGGAGAAGGUACGUUCAGCUCUGUGUAUCUGGGAGAAGCACAGAUGAGCGACGGGACGAGAGAGAUGUUUGCUUUGAAGCAUCUGAUCCCUACGAGUCACCCGGUGCGGAUCGCUGCAGAGCUGCAGUGUUUAACUGUCGCAGGCGGUACAGAGAACGUGAUGGGAGUGACCUACUGCUUCAGGAAGGACCACCACGUGGUGAUCGUUAUGCCCUACAUGGAGCAUCAGGCCUUUGUGGACAUUGUUGAGAAGCUGAGUUUCGAGGAGGUUCGUCACUACAUUUAUCAUUUACUCAAAGCCUUGAAGCACAUACACAAUUUCGGGAUCAUCCAUCGGGAUAUCAAGCCCACCAACUUCCUGUACAACCGGCGGGAGAAAAAGUACGCGCUGGUGGAUUUUGGCCUGGCUCAGGGAACUCCUGACACUCAGAUCGAGCUGUUAAAGGUGGUGAAAUCUCAGAAAGCUCAGAAAGAAUCACACGGGAAACAGGCUCUGGUUCCUUUACCCCCUAACACGAGGAGCUGUGCACCGCACACGUCCACAAAAGUGCUAGUGAAAAGACCGUAUCCAAACCAGCGCACAAAACACACCAAGGAGCUGAUGGGACUUUGUAAAGGGUCUCGUUCUGUGUUCUGCGAGAGAAACCUCAACAGCGUCAACACCACUAAGACGCUCACGGAUAAAACCGAGGGACCUGUGAUAAAACCUACAAAGACCGACGACAUCAUUCCACGUAAGCUCGUCUCCACAAAACGCCGGGCUGUCCCAGCUCGGGCACCGGCGACCAACCAGAAAACAAAACCUGUGACGCUAAACCUGUCUCUUACCUGCAGCUGCUAUAUGACCGACCGCAUCUGCAACAUCUGUCUGUCCAGGAAGCAGCAGGUGGCUCCGAGAGCAGGAACGCCAGGAUUCAGGGCUCCGGAAGUUCUGACCAAGUGUCCUGACCAAGGAACCGCUAUCGACGUGUGGUCUGCCGGCGUCAUCCUGCUCUCCCUCCUGAGUGGCCGGUAUCCGUUUUUCAAAGCCAAUGACGACCUGAUGGCCUUGACUCAGAUCAUGACUAUCCGCGGCUCGAGAGAAACCGUGCAGGCGGCUAAGAAAUUCGGCAAGGCGGUGGUGUGUAGCCGCGAGCUUCCCCGACUCGACCUGAGGAUCCUGUGCGAGACGCUGAGAGGACUGCGCUCCUGCGAGGACGACUCGCUCCCGGAGGAGUUCCAGGUCUCGCGUCAUCCUGCGGACGUUAAAAAAGCACGACCCGGCAACCGAGCGGAGAAACAGAGCUGUGCGGAGGAUAACGCCGCAGAGCCGCACGGUGCGGGAUGGGACGCGGUUUCUGACGAGGUUUACGAUCUUCUGGACAAACUGUUAGAUUUAAACCCAGCCACGAGAAUCACUGCAGCUACGGCAGUGCAGCAUCCGCUGUUUAAAGACAUCAGGGACUGAUCAGAUAUUUAUCCGGCAGGUUAGUCGUAAUUAUCCUCAGGGGAAAACCUUUGUAAUAUAAUGUACUAUAUAUUUAGUGUAUAUUUAUUUAUCGGAGGUUUCAUAAACACACCGUAGGUCAUUACGUUAAGAACAUCUCUAGCAUUUUUUAUUAUUAUUUCUUCCUUAAAAACUAAAAUGUAGCAUUGUUUUAUCUAAAUGACUCUUUAUGAUUCAAUAAAUAUGAUUCAGAAUCA